AUGAAUUUGACUGUGGUGUGGGAAAACGGAAAUUACCAUUGUAGUCUCCGAAUUACGUGGCAUGUGGGUUGUCCUGACAGACAGCAGACAAAGCAGUUGAAAGAGGGUGCUGCUGGCUGGCUGCUAUUGUUUUAUGGGCAUGGGAAACGCUCGCUCGCUCCCUCCCGCAAUGACAUGGACCAAGACAAUUCAAUCUGCGGCGGCUAA